UCUCAUCAUUAUUCAAAUAAAUAAAUAUAUUUUAUAUUUUGUAUAUAUAUCUCAUUAACGAACAGAAAGUACUAGUACUCACGUUUGGAGUUGGCUUCUCUUUGUUUCUAGGGUUUUACGGCCUCCUUUUGCCAUUUCUAGCCAAUAUGAGUCGUCAUCCUGAGGUGAAGUGGGCCCAGAGGGUGGACAAGGUUUAUCUUACAGUGCUACUGCCAGAUGCAAAAAAUGCGAAGGUUAAUCUUGAGCCUGAAGGAGUUUUCACCUUCUCCGCUAGUGCAGGAGCGGGCGACCUCCUCUAUGAGCUGAAAUUGAAUCUUUUUGAUAAGGUUGAUGUAGAGGAAAGCAAAAUAAAUAUAGGAGUAAGGAGUAUAUUCUGCAUCUUGGAGAAGGCAGAGAAAGUAUGGUGGAAGAGGCUGCUGCGUGAAGAUGGCAAGGCACCACAUUUUAUCAAAGUAGAUUGGGACAAAUGGGUGGAUGAAGAUGAGGAUAAUGGUGCUAAUGACUUGGAUUUGGGAGGAAUGGAUUUCUCGAAAUUUGGAGGUAUGGGAGGUAUGGGGGGCAUGCCUCCAGGCAUGGGAGGCAUGGGCGAUGAUGCAAUGGGUGGCUUGGGAGGAAUGGAUUUCUCCAAAUUUGGAGGCAUGGGUGGCAUGGGAGGCAUGGGUGGCAUGGGUGAUGAUGCAAUGGGUGAUGACUUCGAGGACAGUGAUGAUGAAGAUCAAGAAGUUUCAAAGUCAGACAAGAACUUAGAAGGAGGUGCAAAGGCAGAAGAAGAACAUGGUGGUGCUUCCGGAGAGAAAAAAGAAGCUGCAGCAAGCAUAUAGUGUUGUGGUGGAUUGAGAAUGAUUUUAACUAUGGCUUUGAACUUUGUGGUGGGUGGUAAAUUGUCAGUCUCUAUGACUGUAUCCAUGUGUGUCAGUUUGUACUAACAGGGUUGAUAUCUAUGAUGUUCAAUCAUCAAAACUUGAACAAUA